CAUGGAUUGUACUUGUGGGUUCAGAUCCCUCCUGGUAACUUUCUAGAUGUGCAAGUUAUUGAAAUUCUCAGCCUCAGUUUCUGCAGGUUUAUGUGAGAAUUAAACGCAGAAUGAAACGAUACAUAUGAGUCUCCCUUUCAGGUAGGCAGAGCAAGUUCUCUUAUUAUUACAGAGGAGUUGAAGCACAAUCAUACUGCCUACUCCGAAGUCAUUUGGCUUUGUUGUCUUCCCCCAAGGCACCACGUUGUAACCGGUUGUUUUCUCCCAGCCAAGACCAAGGAUCGGCGUGGCGAUUGGUGACCAGAUCCUAGACCUCAGUGUCAUUAAGCACCUCUUCACUGGGCCUGUCCUCUCCCAACACCAGGAUGUCUUUGAUCAGCCAGCUCUCAACAGCUUCAUGGGCCUGGGUCAGGCUGCCUGGAAGGAGGCAAGGGGAUUGUUGCAGAACCUGCUGUCCGCCAGCCAAGCCAGGCUCAGAGAUGACACGGAGCUUCGGAAGCGUGCAUUCACCUCCCAGGCUUCCGCCACAAUGCAUCUUCCGGCCACCAUAGGCGACUACACGGACUUCUAUUCCUCUCGGCACCAUGCCACCAAUGUCGGAGUCAUGUUCAGGGGCACAGAGAACCCGUUGAUGCCCAAUUGGCUGCACUUACCAGUGGGCUACCACGGCCGUGCUUCCUCCAUCGUGGUGUCUGGCACCCCAAUCCGCAGGCCCAAGGGACAGAUGAGACCCGAUGACUCUAAGCCUCCUGUGUAUGGUGCCUGCAAACUCUUGGACUUCGAGUUGGAAACAGCUUUCUUUGUAGGCCCUGGGAACAAAUUUGGAGAGCCGAUCCCCAUUUCUAAGGCCCAUGAGCACAUUUUUGGAAUGGUCCUUAUGAACGACUGGAGUGCUCGAGACAUUCAGAAGUGGGAGUACGUCCCUCUUGGGCCGUUCCUCGGGAAGAGUUUUGGAACCACCAUCUCUCCGUGGGUGGUGCCCAUGGAUGCCCUCAUGCCCUUUGCUGUGCCCAACCAGGAGCAGGACCCCAAGCCCCUGCCGUAUCUCCGCCACGACCAGCCCUACACGUUCGACAUCAACCUCUCUGUCACCCUGAAAGGAGAAGGAAUGAACCAAGCAGCUACCAUAUGCAGGUCCAAUUUUAAGGCUACUAAGAAGGAAUACGGGGGCCUCCUUGAAGGGGUCUCUUGGUAUAUGUACUGGACAGUGCUGCAGCAGCUCACUCACCACUCUGUCAAUGGCUGCAACCUGCGGCCGGGGGACCUCUUGGCUUCUGGAACCAUCAGCGGGCCGGAGCCAGAGAGCUUUGGCUGCAUGCUGGAGCUGUCGUGGAGGGGAACGAGGGCCAUAGAGCUGGGGAAUGGACAGACCAGGAAGUUUCUGCUGGACGGGGAUGAAGUCAUCAUCACAGGACAGUGCCAGGGGGACGGGUACCGCAUUGGCUUUGGCCAGUGUGUGGGAAAAGUGCUGCCUGCCCUCUCAGCGGCCUGAGGUUCUCUCUGCCUUCCUGGAAACACAAGCCUUGAGCACUGCCCUCUCCACCUCCCUGCGGGGGACCAGGGGCCCCAAUGAGGCCGCAGGCCUGGUUCUUCAUUCGGUAAUAAAUAAAGCCAUCGUGCUCCCUCUCCAUCUGGGCCUGGCACGGCUCUGAGUGCG